CCAGGAAGAGCAGAAGAGCCGCGGUGAUCGUGCUACGAUCUCCUUCUUCAUCAUGGAGGAGACUUUUUCUCCCUCCCCUCUCCUCGCUUUCCUAUAUUCGCAUGAGCCAGGAGUUGACCCGAAGCAGGCGUUUUAUAGGCCUAAUUCAGAGUUCCUAACCCGAAUAUAUUAUCGUGUGUCAACUAAUCGGGUUGCCGUCUAAAUCUACUCGGCCUGCUGGCUUCCCUCUCUACCGAUAGUGCCGGGGACGGCUCGCGCUCCCCGCAAUCGGCCACCGCCUCUGAGGAAGACGGCAGGAGAAGAUCAGCUGUCAAGGUGUAUUCCUCCAUUUCGGUUUCAGGAUCCUCUUAAGUGGUGUAAAGCAAAUUACCCUCCUUAAAGCCCCCUCUUGCUUCAAGAAUGAGUGCUACAUGUUUAUGUUACAAAUUUUCUGUUUUUCCAUUUGAAAAGAUGAUAUGAAGGUGAUCCAUAGUAUCUCUAAAUCAUGGAAAGAGUGAAAUUUCCAAAGCGAUAUUUGAUUGUUGUUCUGACAUUCUUAUGCACAAAUGUUUUCUACAUUGAGCGAAUGGGCUUUUCAAUUGCUUACUCCGCAGCUGCAAAUGCCAUUGGUAUAAAUCAAUCUAGCAAAGGUCUUAUACUCUCAACCUUCUACUAUGGGUAUGUUCUUUCACAGAUCCCUGGUGGAUGGGCUGCACAAAGUCUUGGAGGUAGGCGCAUCCUGCUUUUGGCAUUUCUUUUAUGGUCUUCCAUAUGUGCCUUAGUUCCGAUGGACCCAAACCAAGUCGUCAUAUUGGUGAUCUCUCGUCUUCUUGUCGGGGCGGCACAAGGCUUCAUUUUCCCUUGCAUUCACACAAUCCUGGCACAGUGGGUUCCAGCCCAUGAGCGGUCCCGAUCCGUUUCUCUAACUACUUCCGGGAUGUAUCUUGGUGCAGCUGCAGCCAUGCUUUUGCUUCCAGGUUUGGUGAAACGCCAAGGUCCUCAGUCUGUAUUUCUUGUUGAAGCAGCAUUGGGCAUCACUUGGUGCAUCCUUUGGUUCAAAUUUGCGAGCGACCCGCCUUACUCCGACAACCCCAAGGCAAGAGCACUGCCAAUAACAAAAUCUAAGGAGAAAGGGAAUUUGCCACAUCUAUCAAAAAUCCCAUGGAGAAAGAUGAUGUUCAGCUUGCCAGUUUGGGCCAUUGUGGUGAACAACUUCACUUUUCACUAUGCAUUAUAUGUUUUGAUGAACUGGCUUCCAACGUACUUUGAGCUCGGUCUUCAACUUAGUCUUCAGGAGAUGGGAUCAUCAAAGAUGCUGCCUUAUUUGAACAUGUUCAUCUUUUCUAAUAUGGGUGGAGUGGUAGCUGAUCAUCUCAUCACAAGGAGGAUCUUAUCCAUAACGCAAACUCGCAAGCUUCUAAAUACCGUUGGAUUUGUUAUUUCUGCUUUGGCCUUAUUUUCUCUACCUCUGUUCAAAACUUCUUCUGGCACUGUGCUUUGCUCUUCAGUUUCUUUGGGUUUUCUGGCAUUAGGGAGAGCUGGCUUUGCGGUAAACCAUCUGGAUAUAGCUCCAGGUUAUGCUGGGAUUGUAAUGGGAGUUUCAAAUACAGCUGGGACAUUAGCUGGUAUCAUUGGUGUUGGACUCACUGGGAGGAUUCUUGAGAUCGCUAAGGUUACUGAUGGGCAUCUCUCUAGCCCAGAGAGCUGGAAACCGGUAUUCUUUAUUCCAGCUUAUCUUUGCAUUUCUAGUUCUCUUAUUUUUUUAAUUUUUUCGAGAGGGGAAAGAAUAUUUGAGUGAGAAUACAUCUUGAUGAAGAUUGCAGUUUUGUUAAAUAAAGUUUCUCAUGAUUUUUAUAACUUUCUUUCUAAUUUUAACUAGCAAAUGAGCCCUAAUCUCAUUCCAAUUUGUAUCAUCAUUUUUUAGUGUUAUUUUGCUGAAUUUCUGAGAUUCCAUGAAUGAAAAUACAAGCUAGUGUGUUCUAUAUA